GAUAGAUAAAAUUUUUUUUAAACGUUGGAAUAUCAAAAUUAAAAAAAUAAAUUCUAGUUUAAAAAGAGAUAUUUUAAAAUUUAACUUGAGGAAAAAAUAAAAAUAUUUAUAUACUUGAGAGAGAAAAAUCUAUUGAAGGAAUCUCUUAGAAAAAAAAAGAAAGCACAAGUGAAUAGAUAAAAUCCAAAAACAAAUAAAUAAAGAGAAAGAUAGAUAGAUAUAGCUAAAUUCACAUCUUCUUCUUUUAGAAUAAAAUAGGAUUUUUAGAAUAGUAGAAUCAACUUAUAUUUGUAAUAGAUUUCAACUAGAUAUAAAUAAAGGGAAAAAAUGCUCAAGUUAUUAUAAUUAAGCAAGGGAUUAUUAGGUACUUAAUAGUUAUUGCAACCCGUUUAACUAUCUUCUCUUCUUCAUAGCACAUUCAGUAAAUGGUCAAAGCCUUAAAAAUAACACAGACAAAAGGAAAGACGUACUGGUGUUGCCAUUUCAGAUGAAAAGGCUGCCAAGCUUUCAUAAUCAGAAAGUGAAGUCGAAGCUAAGAAGUCUCGUUUAUAAUAAAUAUAGAAAAAGACAAUUCAAACAGAUAAGCCUUUAAGAACUUAAUCUUUUGAACAUGAUUAAAGUAUUACAGAUGACAAAUUAUUUAAAAUGUUAUAAGAUUACACCUUUAAGUUUGAAGGAAAAAAGAUCAAUCCAGUUAAAUAGGAUUAAAAGGCUAUUUAACCUGAGAAAGUUAUUUAUUCAGACCCUACUCAAGUUCCUGCUCGUGCUACUCCCUCUUUAAAAAAUAAAGUUGAAAUCAAUCACUUUAACUGUGAAGAAAUCGUCAACAAGAAAUUCGAAGGUUAAAUUAAGCAAUUUGAACCUACUAAAACUUCUAAAAGAACUGGUAUCCUUGGUUACAAAUUAGGUAUGACAUCUAUUUGGGACAAGUGGGGUAAGCUUCAUGCCCUCACUGUUAUUUAAAUUGAUCGUUGUCAAGUUGUUUAAGUUAAGACUGAAGAGAAAGAUGGAGUUAAUGCUCUUUAAUUAGGUGUUGGUGAAAAAAGUCUUAAGAGAAUUAAUAAACCCACUAUUGGUCAUUUAAUGAAGAACGAUAUUCCUCCUAAGAGACACUUAAAGGAAUUCAAAGUUUCACCUGAUUGCUUCUUACCUGCUGGUUACAUGUUGAGUGCUCGUCACUUUGUACCCGGCUAAUAUGUUGAUAUAUAAGGUAUCUCAGUUGGUAAAGGUUUUGCAGGUACUGUUAAGAGAUGGAAUUUUAAAAUGUAAGAUGCAACUCACGGUAACUCUCUUUCUCACAGAGCACCUGGUUCCACUGGUUAACGUCAAGAUCCUGGUAGAGUAUUUAAGAAUAAAAAGAUGGCUGGUCAUAUGGGUUGUGAAAAAGUUACAAUUAUGGAUUUACAAGUUUACAAAAUUGAUGUUGAAAGAAGUUUAGUUUAUAUUAGAGGGCAUGUUCCAGGAAAGCCUGGCUCUCUUGUUCAAAUCAGAGAUGCUUUUAAAAAGCAAGUUCAAAAUGAAUAAUUCUUAAAUUUCCCUACAUUUGUUGCUGGUAAAAAUGAUAAACUUGCUACUGUUUUAAUUAUGGAGGCUUCUAAAUCUGAUCCUAACGAAGAAUAUAUUCACGAUAAUGAUGUCGUUGAUUGA